CCGAGACAAGACGUCGCCAGCCUAACCCGUCGCAACCCGAGGCGCAGCGAGAUAUAGCCCACACACUUCUGACCAUGUCGGCGACAGCGUCGCAAUACCAACCGCGUCCAGACACCUCUGACGGACCCAACAAUGAGCCGCCCUCAGUUGAGCAGAAACCGCCACAGCACAAACGUGUGUACCAGGCUUGCAUACCGUGUCGGCGGCGCAAGGUCAAAUGCGACUUGGGAAGUGUUGACAAUCCAGGCGAUCCACCAUGUGUGCGAUGUCGAAGAGAGAGCAAGGAGUGUUUCUUUUCCGCGACGAGGAGGAAGAGGAAGAACGAUGAUGGUGGCGAAGGCAGUCUCGACGGCUAUGACUUUGGGGACGACUACAUAAUUCGCAAUGGCAGAAAGAUGGUGCACACCUCUCCGCCAGGCUCGAUACGACAGUCCUCGAUGGGCGCUCCGAGCUCUUCUCGAUCGGCAGCGCCAUAUGCGGAUGGAACUCCUCUGCCGGGCCCCCCGUUGACUCCUGGAGGGUCGAUUGGAAGAUCGCAACCUCUGCGACGACCUCAGCAAGCUUCCUCGGACACGUCUCAACGUGACCGUGGCUCCAAUGAGCAAUUGGAAAAUCUUGAAGCCCAAGAGGUCAUGCGGAGGGAGGUUUACGGACCGCACGAUGCACUGGACCUUCUAUACAAGGCUGCAACGGAUAGUCCCGAUCAUACGAGACACGCUAGGAAUAGCAGUAGCCAGCUGCCCCCUAUGUUAGGGAAUAAUAGUACUGGAGAUCAGAGUCAACAGUCACAAAUGCGAAGCUCCAAUCCCCCUUUUCAAUCGAACAACAUGCGCCCUCGAGACGUGCAAGACCCCGCCAUUGACCCCGCCCUAGUUACGGAAGCGACAGGUCGACCAGAUAGAACCAAGGAUCAAGGUUAUAAGGAUGCUAUCAAAGCUUGGUCUCGAUUUAGGUUUGUUCGUGCCGGGUGGUUUACACCCGCCGAGGCUAUUGAUUACAUUGAUUAUUACUACGAAUAUCUUUCUCCUUUAACACCAAUUUCACCUCCUACUUUUCAAUACCCUGGGACUCAUCCCACACUUCUCACCGAAGAGCCUAUCCUUACGGUCACCCUCCUGACGAUAGCAACACGUUAUAAAAAGAUUCCAGGUACAGGCGGCCAUUGCAGAUCUCACGCAAUUCACGAGCAGUUAUGGCCUUACCUUCGAGGGAUGAUUGAACGAUGUUUGUGGGGCCAAGAGGCAUUUGGUGGUGGGUUCUGUGGAUCGGGCGCCGAAGCGCAAACCUCGAGCACAGCACCUUGGCGAGGUCUGCGGAAAGGCAGUCUUCGGACACUUGGUACCAUCGAAAGUCUCAUGAUAUUGACAGAGUGGCACCCACGUGCACUCCACUUCCCUCCUCCUGAAGCCACAGACGAACUGAUGAUUCCUGCAUAUGACGCGCCGGAUACUUACAGUAACUAUGACGAGGAGAAUGGCCACCGAUUGCCUGGGGGUGUAGGUGGUAAGAGGAUUGAGAGUUGGUUAGAACCAGCAUGGAGAAGUGAUCGAAUGUGUUGGAUGCUAUUGAGCAAUGCAAUGGGCCUCGCCUAUGAACUAGGGGUCUUUGACAACAUCGAAGAAUUAUUGGCAGAAGGAGGGGAAAUGACAAGACCAGAGUACGAAGAUGAAGCAUAUCGAUUAAGAGCUGCAAGGAUCAAACGAUUGCUGCUAAUCUACGUCACGCAACUCGCUGGCCGCCUCGGAUGGACAAACAUGGUCCCUGAAAACUUGCGAGACAGAGAUCCAGUUUUUGCACCGCGGAAGAGGAAGCUAUCAUUGGAUGGGAAGACCCCUGAGACCAGCACCAGCGUCUCAAAUACUUUCAACUACAUACCCGACUUGGAACUCGACGACCAAAUAAUCCACUGUUGGGCAGGAAUCAGCAAUACGAUGCGUCUUAUCAACGAAAAGAUAUUCAAGUCCAGGCAGUAUACGACCAAAAUCAUACAAGAUGGAAGUUAUAUCGAGUUACUGAAGGAUUUUCAGCCAAUGCUCCGCACCUGGAAGGCAGAAUUUGAGCGGUUUCGCCUCCCUCCGUAUAUUCGACACAUCCUCACUAUUGAGUAUGAGUACGUACGAAUAUACGUCAAUUCCCUGUCUCUUCAGGCUGUUGUCGAAAGAUGUACAAACAACGCGGGGAACCAAACGGCGGGCAAUGCGGGAAGUGGGUCGGCAGCCGGAGCGCUGCCGCUAUCCCCAGAAACACAGAACUACUAUGGGAAAUUACCGCUCGCGAGACUCGGUGGAUUCGGUGCAGCAGAUCAAGGUUACGUGAGAGAAGUUGUUGACGGAUGUCGAAACCUCCUCAGGACGGUUGUGGAAGGACUUCUGCCAGGAGAGUAUCUCAAGCACGCUCCUGUUCGGACAUAUUUCCGCAUCAUCAGUGGCGCAAUGUUCCUACUGAAAACCUUCGCACUCGGAGCAUCGAAGCACGAUGUUGAGAUCAGUAUAGGUCUGAUGGACGCCACCGUAGAUGCACUCCGCAACUGCGUGGUGGACGAUGUUCAUCUUGGCAUCCGCUUUGCCGAUCUUCUAGAAACCUUGACAUCUCGACUCCGAAGCCGUUUCAUCAGCGCCCCCACCGGCGGGAGUGCUAGUGCGCGAAGCCCAGCCGCGAACCAGGAACCUGCUGCGAAGAGAGUCAAGGCAGAAACCAGAGAUCAGAUCCGAGAAUGGAACGCAGGAACUCCAAACUACAGUAGCACUGGACCUGAUCUCACCGUCUCCGCAACGCCCUUCGAUCUCAACCAAGGCGCCUACUACCCCAGCAGCGGCACGCCCUACGCCCAAGCCCCAGGCUCCACCUACGGACCCGACAUGCCCGACCAGAUGUUCGGCGAGCCCGGCGACUGGAACAACAACAACAGCGAGAUGUGGUACCUGCCUCCAGGCGCGGCCUUCUUCCAGAACGUCAACGAUCAAGCUAUCACGCAGACCGCGGACGGCGUGAAUGUCGGAGGCAUGGAUCUUCUUGAUUAUAUGACGCUUGGGGAUUUUCCUAGUAUUGAUGGUGCGGCGGGCUUCUAGCCGUUCCCUUUUUUUUUUUCUUUAUUUGAAAUUUUGGUUUCGGUUCUGGUUUUGGGAGGGAAUUUUUGGGAGAUAGGCUGAUUGCAUGGUUGGAAGUUAUAAGGUACUGGUUGGCUGGCUGGCUCUGGUUCUGGUUGGGGCGUUGGGUUGGGGGGUGUUGUUGUUGUCAAUCAGCAUUAUUAGCAUGGCAUCAUUAUCAGAAGAGUUGGUUGGUCGGUCUUUCAAAAGCAUAGUUGCGUGGGUAUUAGCUAGGGUAUUGCAUUGGGUAGCGAAUUCCCCCCCCCCCCC